GGUUUGAGUGAUUUAGGCUAUUCAAAUCUCUUGUAAAUCAUUGAUUUCAUAGUGGAUUUGGUGUUCUCCUUCUCCCGUGGAUGUAGCUAUCACAAAUUAUGGUAGUGAACCAUGUAAAUUGCUGUGUUUGCUGUUUUUCUGCACUUUGUUUUCUUCUUCAUUUAUCUGCUGUGCAUCUUAAUUCAACUCACAUGAUCAAUGCUCUUAAAGAUCUCAAUAGUCUACCUGCAUCUGAAAGCAAGAAGAUGACUCCAGUAGAGGAGGUAGCAAAUUCAGAAGUAGAAUACUUUGAAUCUGAGAACUUACGUGAUCUUGAAGACAUUGAGACAAGUCUCGAGCUUGUGCAGCUUUUACUUAAAUCUUCACGAGACAAAAAGUUCAUUUGUGAGGCAGCUGAGAAAGCUUUAGAGGCAAUGACCACUUGGGUUUCCCCAACUGUUUUGUUGCCAAGGAUAUUGAUCCAAGCAGCUGCAUCCCAGCACAGUGAGUCCAGGGAGGCUGCUCAAACCCUUCUUCUGGAGUGUAAAACUGUAUACAAGAAAUCCUAUUGUCUCUUGUCAGCAACAGUACACAAGCAUCCAGAGUUGGACUCUUGGGAGCAUUUUCGUCGAUCUAAACUCUCUUCUUUAAGCGCACGGGCUGUGCUUCAAGUCACCAACACCAAUGUUGCUCAGGAGGGUCUUGUUGUUAGUUCAUGACACAAGUUACUCAGUCCAUACAUGAGCUUUUUGAAACCACUGACUUUAUUUUACCUGCACAUAUGAGCCUUAGCUAUCAGAGUCUAUGAUUACCUUUCUUGGUUUGGUUUCAUUUCAUCCUUUUUUCUGUCAAUGCUCUUGAAUCAUUGAGAUCUCUGCCAUUAUGGUUAAGAAAAUAGUUGGUUUGGAGUGAUAGGGUAUGUCUAUAUGAGUUUCUUCCUUUUGCAUAGUUUUGUGGCACCGUAAGUAGAACUGAGAGGAUAAUUACUUUGUGU